GACUCGGCGGCUAUAAAUAAAACAUGUCCAACGGCUGCUACGAAAAAAAAGUUGUUUGUAUUUAACUAAUUUGUGUGUUUACCCGGACGGCUUACCUCACAACGUCAUUUGUUAAAUCUAACUAAUUUGUUAUUGUUGGUACUGUGAGAAUAGCCUAAUUGUUCUGCGGGGUAUCCAGUUACAAAUAUCUCCUGAGUUUGUAGGUUAAUUGUAGUGAGACAUUUUCACACGGAUAGGAAGGUUUCGUGUUGUUGUGUUGGCGAGCUGGUGUGCUGUUCGCGCCACGAGACCAAAGACUAUAUAAGAGUAUAUAUAUAACUAAAUGAAAAUACGAAUUAUAAUUAUUUUAAUGUUAGUAAUGACUAGUUAGUUAGCAGCUGCUGCCAUCUACUGGUGGUCGAAAAAAGUUGAUCAAGGAACCAUUGUACCCAUUUAAGUUACACCCUCCCUGCACGUGACGAUGCUGAGGGGCUGCCGGAGGCUGUGCGAGCUGUGUCGCCCGCGACUGGCGCGCUGGAGCCACGGCGAAGGCGGCGGCUCGCGGGCCGACGACGUGAAGAAGCUGCUGGACUCUGCGGCCGUGGGCGUCGAGCUGGACGCGCGCAGCGAGUGGGCCACCCUGCCGUACCCCGAGGGUGCGCUGCCCCCCAGGGACCAGUCGCUGCUCAGCGCGCGCCCCAAGGUGGACCCCCGCGAGACCUCCAUCCUCCUGUUCCCCGGCCAGGGCACGCAGUUCGUCGGCAUGGGCAAGGAGCUGGUCAACUUCCCCGUCGCCAGGGACAUGUUCGAGGUGGCGAGCGAGAUCCUGGGCUACGACCUGCUGAAGCUGUGCGCGGAGGGCCCGCAGCGCGAGCUGGACCGCACGGAGCGCUGCCAGCCGGCCGUGCUGGUGUGCUCGCUGGCCGCCGUGGAGCGCCUCAAGGAGGAGCGGCCCGCCGCCGUGCACAACUGCGUGGCCACCGCCGGCUACAGCGUGGGCGAGCUGGCCGCCCUCGUGUUCGCCGGCGCCCUGCACUUCGAGGCCGCCGUGCGGCUGGUGAAGGUGCGAGCGGAGGCCAUGCAGCUGGCCUCGGACCUGGCUCCCGGAGGCAUGACCACCGUCAUGUACGGCCCGGACUCCCAGCUGGGGCACGCCUGCCUGCGCGCCCGCGAGUGGUGCAAGGAGCGCGGCAUCGAGAAGCCAGAGUGCGCCGUGGCCAGCUACCUGUACCCACACUGCAAGGUGGUGGCCGGCCACGUGGAGGCCCUGAAGUUCAUCGAGGGGAACCUGGCGCAGUUCAAGCUGCGCCGCGCCAAGCGCCUGCCGGUGUCCGGGGCCUUCCACACGGGCCUCAUGGGUCCCGCGGUGCCCGCCUUCGCGCAGGCGCUCCGCCGCGUGGCCCUGGGCGACCCGCUCGUCCCCGUGCACUCCAACGUGGACGGCAGGCGGUACCGCGACGCGGCCCACGUCAGGCGCCAGCUGCCGCGCCAGCUCUGCCGGCCGGUGCGCUGGGAGCAGACGCUGCACGCACUGUACGAGCGCGCCGAGGGCCAGCACUUCCCGCGCUCCUUCGAGUGCGGCCCGGGCCGGUCCCUCAAGGCCAUCCUCAAGAUGGUGAACGCCAAGGCCUGGGACAGCUGCGUCAGCGUCGAGGCGUGACGUGUGCGGUCGCGGCAUGUUUGCACGGCUCACUCGUCGAGGCCCAGUCGCCUCGUCGUCAAAGCAAAUACUUGCUCCGCAUACUUUACGGACUCAAAUACAUAGAGGACAACUUCAAUUGGAUGUAGUUAUGCAAAAAACCCCAGCCCACAUGAAACCUAUUCUGAGUAUUUUGAAGUUAAAGUUAAUUAUAAAUUGUAAUUCUCGUAUUGAUAACAUAAUGUGGGUAUAAUUUUAAUGGUCUAGUAUAAAUACUGAUAUAAUAAUAGCAACGACGGUACGAUCAACCUUGUACUAUUUUAAUUUUUUUUUGACUAAAAUAUAACAAAAUUGUGGGUUGGUUUCUUUUUGCAUAACUACGUCCAAUUGAGAUUACUAUCCUAAUAUUCUUGGCCGGUGUCUUGAAUAAGAUUCAGCAUACAAUCCAUUUCUAUUUACAUUUCUAUGUUGUAUAAAACCUAAGAAGAUAAAUGCAUAGUAAGAGAGUACAGUUUGGCUCGGGAAAUACAAACAUCUCCAUUGACUUGUGGACAUGACGUCAGCGAACUUGUUUACUUGUCUAACCGGACUUGGCUCGCUGUUUGCCCGGUGAAUUUUUUUUUUCGGUUCUAUAAUUUUGGAUACACGCUGGCCUAGACAAUGUAUGUGCAACACAUUAAAUUUUUUUUUUGUAAAA